GCCGAGCUUCUGUCCCGACAAGAUCUCCGCAUUCAGCAGCUGGAGCAGCGCUUGGAGCGAUUACUGGAGCAAGGUGCUCGUACCGUCGUCGCGGAGGUUGUGGAAGAUGUUCAGGCGAAUGACGUGGUUGAGGUGAAGCUUGUUGCCGCACCACAGGCCGAUGAGGAGGACGAGAUACACGAUGGUGUAGCUCUGUACGAGUUUGACCAGUCGAUAUGGGAUGCUGCUCUCCUCCUCUUCUUCAACAAUGCUACGACACCGGUGGACAGGGUGGUUCUGAUAUUGGGCUUUCUCCUGAACUUGGCAUUGCAAAUAGCCCUGCUGCUUACGGUCACGUUUAUUCUGCUGGAGAACCCGUACGCGCAUCAAACUGUCAAAGAAAUGCUGACUUGGCGGGUUGGAGCGCACACGAGCGCAAACUUCGAUGACACUGCCGGGCAGAGCCUUUUGAGGCGACUCUGCAACCAGGAGCUCUGGUCUUACGAGCAAGCAGAGUUCAAGCUGAUGUACGACUACCUGUACCAGGUCGUUCCAGGUUAUAUCUUGAGCUCUCUGGCCAUCAUCAUGUGGAUCCUCACUGUGAUGGUCGAGUUCCGGCGAUGUACAGAGCAGGCCCUUGCAGUCAUCCACCUCCCUGCAAUCUCCCCCCGGGAGUCGGGGGCUGUCCACCACCGCGACGGGAGGAUAGCCAUUAAAGGCAUACAGCCCACGAAGCGAUGUCUGGCGCUGGUCACACUUAGCCUCCCGCGCAUCGCGGUGAUGCUCUGGAUGGCAUUGUUCGGCUGCCAAUACCUGGCACAGACGGUCAGCCUUGAGAAUAUUGUGCUGAAUGCUGUGGGCCUGGCAUUCAUCAUGGACGUGGAUGAGCUAAUCGCACACGUGCUCCUGACGGAACAGCUGCGAUCUAUGCUCCCUCGAAUUGAGCCGAUGCGAUGUGGAGAGUCUUCCGGGAAGCCUGUGUCCAUUUGCCCUCCUGUGAAAGACCUGACGCGCUACGUCGUCACCACUGGUUUGAUCAUCCUGGCCUUCAACCUCUGGCUUGUCCCCUUUGACGCGAACGUGCGGGGUGCUGCCAUGGCCUUGUGCGGUGGCUUCCAGGACUUCAGCUUUGAAGGCGGUGUUGCGGAGAAUGCCCCGAUCAUUCUUCAGCCGGCCUCCUUCGGGCAAGACGCCUGGGUCACUGACUGUGGAGGAACGACCACCAACGGCACGAUCCAAGACGACUACUUACAGCGCUACUACGGGGUGCGAUACAACGCCAGCGUGAAGAACAGAAUCAAAAGCGCCACUGGGGAUGAUUAUCACAAGCUGCGCAUGAAGAAUGUGCUGCAAUUUGCUUACGCCAAUUCCCCUGACUUCGGUGCAUCGCACAACUGCGGUUCGGAUUCGGUUCUGGGACCUCAAGACAAAGACUCGAAAGCACGAGCCUUUGCUGCUUUUUGGAGGGCACCUUCUUUUGGGGCUGUUUUUUGCUUUCGCUACAUGUCCCUUUCGGUGUGGUGCCUUUGCCCGCCAAGAGAGUGCAAUUGA